AUGAGCAUCCAGUGCCCCAGUUGCGAUGGACAGUUGAACUGUGUGUGGAAUCAAACGUGUUAUCCUGAGGAAGAUUGUAUGAUAAGAAGUUAUCCAGGAACAAACUUUACAACGCAUUGUACAAGGAAAGAAGAUUGCCUUUUCAUGAAAAAUUUAAAAGCUGGUGAAAUCUGGUGCUGUAGUGAUCGCGAUUGUUUAAGAAGAUACUUGGGAAUUUAACUUGAGGCUAUUGUUGUACGAACGUCUUUUUCUACAGAA